UGUUGGUAGCUGGACACCCUAGACGCUUAGCGGUUAAUAAAAUUUUGUGUUCUGAGAACUCGAAGGAUAUUAAUUGGUGAUAAUUAAGAAACAUUUGUUAAAAUAAUAAAUCUGUUAAUAAUGGUUGCCCAUACGAUACUCCUCGACUUCACUGUUUGCGCUAAUGUUAUAGCAGAUUUGGAAAAACGUUCUAAUUUAAAAUCUGCUAUCACCAAUGUUCUUGGUGAACAUUUCAUCGGUUUGAAACCAUUAACAGAAUCAAAUAUUGAUGGUAGCCUAUUGAUUCUGUAUACUGGUCCACGAGGUAGUUUAAUCACCGUAAGAGGAUACAAAGAAGGCCUAAUUACAUUAAACAUUGAAUAUUUCAAACAGGAUGAUGAAGAAGCUUUGUUAACAUUCGAGUUGGCCAGAGAAUUGGAGACGGCGUUGCAGACAGCGGCAACCGCUACGCGGUCACACACGCUUAUCCCCAUUAAACGCGGUGGACCUUUUGAGAGAUACUUUCCUACCGCCGAUGAGAGAUUACUCGAAUAUGACAUUGAUAAGCUGGUGUUUGAGGCACGAUCACCUUAUCAAAAGGUGCAAAUUGUCCAUUCCAAAUCUCUUGGUAAUCUUCUGGUUCUUGAUGAAUUACAAAAUAUGUCAGAAGCUGAUCUUAUUUAUACAGAAACGUUGAUGCAACGUGGUAAAGAGAAUUAUGCUGGAAAAGAAAUUGUAAUCCUUGGUGGUGGUGACGGUGGUUUACUCUGGGAAUUACUCAAGGAAAAACCAAAAUACAUAACAAUGCUUGAGAUUGAUGACGUUGUUAUGAAAGCUUGUAGCCAACACAUGAGAAGUAUAUGUGGGGAUUGUUUAGAUAAAAGGAAGGGUGACAAUUAUGAGAUAAUAGUCGGUGACUGUGUAAAGGCACUUGCUCACAUGAUAGAAGAGGGUCGUCAAUUCGAUUAUGUUUUUGGUGAUUUAACUGAUAUUCCAAUUAGUACUACUCCCCAUGGUGAUGCAUGGGAUUUUAUAAGAUUAAUUUUAAAUUCUUCAGUUAAAGUACUUAAACCAACAGGAAAAUAUAUGACCCAUGGAAAUGGUGCAUCCUGUCCUGAAUCUCUAAAAAUGUACGAAGAAGUAUUAUCACAACUCUGUAUACCUGUUACUUUUACAAAAGAUCGCGCUUUUGUACCAUCUUUCUUCGAAGAUUGGAUUUUCUAUCAAGUGUCGCUUAAAUGAUUGAUUAAAAACAAAUACGAUCAUUACAUUGAAAGACCAAGCAAAUUUUCUUACGAUCUAUUAAUUCCAUUAUGACCCAAGUUGAACCUUAGUUAUUAGAAGAAGAAAAAAAAAAAACGAGAAAAAAA